AUGUCAAAACGACUGCAGGAAAUGAUGAGGCGGGAGAAGCGAAUCGCCAUAAGGCGAAGUGAUAUAUACAAGUCCACCGAGCGCUACAUCGUCCGACAUGGCAACACCGUGACCAAGUACGCGAUUCACCCAGAUGGUAUGGGCGUCAACGAUAAACCAAAUGAAGCAUUGGUGUUGCAGUUCAUUAAGGAAAACACGACAAUUCCUGUUCCUGAGGUCAUCAGCAGCGACUGGGAUCGCAUCGAGCUGGAGUAUAUCGAGGGUCAGACGUUAAAAGAGGCAUGGCCAUCUCUCGAACCACAUGAGCGAACUGCGAUCAUGGACCAGCUGAAAGACUACCUGGGACAACUGCGUGCCCUCAAGGGGUUUUAUAUCGGUCGCUUCGAUGGACAAGGCGCUGUGAUUCCUAGCAUGAUGACUCGACCCGGUGGCCCAUUCACAAGUCUUGAAUCAUUUCAGGAAUGGCUUGUUCGGCCUCCGAAACGGAUAGAGGAGCAGUCAUUACACUGGGCCCAGAUGACGAAGCAGCUUGGCGCAGACUAUCCCAUUGUCUUCACUCAUGGUGAUAUCUCGUCGAGGAACAUCAUGAUACGCGAUGGUCGUAUAGUCGCUAUUCUGGACUGGGAGUGGGCAGGAUGGUAUCCCGUGUAUUGGGAUUACGUGUUUGCAUUGCGUGGCCUGGAUAAUGUUGAUUGGAAAACACUGGGGAGUCACGUUCCGACUCUGUUUGACGAGCGUCUCACUCUCCUAGAAAUAACGAUGUAA